AUGGAAGGGCAAUGUCUGAUUUGGCUUUCUGCACUAGUAAGCAGUGUGCUGGCGUAUUUCUUAUUAGAGUUAAUUGAGAGAAGAAAGAAGAAGAGCACGGCAAAUCUUCCUCCUGGACCUCCUGCCUGCCUGGCCUAUUGUGUGUUGGAAUAUAAUCUCAACUACCUCCACCAGGGGAAAAAGUGUCUCAAUCUCAUGAGCAACACCAUCUUCAGUAAGAACUUGUUCGAUCCCAACAAUCCAGAGUCUGCAGAAUUGAGGAACUCUUAUGGUGAAUUGACGAAGUUGGCCGGAAAAACCAACUUGGCCGACUUUUAUCCAUUUCUGAGGUUCCUUGAACAUCGGGGCGUGAGCCGUGAUUUGACUGUUCAUCAGAAGCGAUUACAUAAAUUGCUUAGAUGUAUUCCCAAGGAAAAGGACUUUCUCGACAUUCUGCUCGAUUCAACUGCCGAUGAUUUCACUCUGGAAAAUAUCAGGGCUUUAAUUAUGGAACUUUUGUCUGGUGGUAGUGACACUACUGCCGCAACAAUAGAAUGGGCUAUCGUGGAGCUCAUUGCCAAUCCUCAUGUAAUGAAACAAGCACAAAAAGAGUUAGAAGAGAUAAUUGGUUUCAAUCGAAGAGUGCAAGAUGUUGGAAGUGGAAACAAUCUAAGAGGGGGUGAAUUAGAGUGA